AUGCGUCUUUGGCACCAGCUUCUGCUGGCCCUGAUCCCGGGAACCACUUUGGGUCAAACGGUCCUGGAUCUCAACAGCGAUGGGUGGACUGUUAGUAGCAAGGCACUGAAUAUCAGUGUCCCUGGCCGAGUGCCCUCCCAGGUGCAUUUGGAUCUUCUUGCUGCGAAUGUCAUUGGUAAUGCUACAUUGCCCUACGUAGUUUGUUAUCAUGGGUUGAAUGACUUCAACUUGCGUUGGGUUGCAGACAGCAAUUGGACUUAUACGAGUAAGCCAAUUGAAGGCUUAAAACCAAAGUCCAAGUCCUCCUGGCUUGUGUUCAACGGACUUGAUACCUUCGCAACAAUCAAGUUCUGCGAUCAAUUCAUAGGAACCACCGAUAAUCAGUUCCGCCAGUACACCUUUGACAUCUCCGAUGCCCUGAAACAUUGCAAGGGCUCACCAACCAUAUCUCUGGAGUUUGGAAGUGCCACUAAAAUUGCAAAUGAUAUUGCCGCCGAUCCGAAGUCGCAAACAUGGCCUGCCGGUGUUCAAGGAAUCUUUGAGUUCCCAAAUCGUUGGUUCAUUCGCAAAGAACAGUCCGACUUUGGCUGGGAUUGGGGUCCAGCGUUCUCGCCCGCUGGCCCAUGGCAGAACAUUUACAUUGCUCAGUUCGAGGGCGAGGGAGAUGCAUAUGUUCUUAACACGGACAUUGACAUCUACAGAAAGGGCCAGAUUAACCAUCUUGCUCCCGAUCAGACUCAGCCCUGGAUUGUCAAUGCGAGCAUUGACUAUCUCGGUUCUCUUCCCAAAAACCCCUCUAUGGCCAUCGAGAUCAAAGAGCUUGAGUCUGGCAAGUUGCUGAAAUCUGAAUCAAUCGACAAGGUCGUACUAUCCGGAAAUACUGUCAUCGGUACCGUGAUAGUUGACGCAGACGCACCAAACCUCUGGUGGCCCGCCGGAAUGGGAAAGCAGAGCUUGUACAACAUCACAGUGAAAGUCCAGAGCAAAGACCGUGAUCUCGCCUCUGUUACGAAAAGGAGUGGAUUCCGUACUAUUUUCCUCAACCGCUCCAACAUUACCGAGGAGCAGUUGGCGCAAGGCAUUGCCCCGGGUGCCAACUGGCAUUUCGAGGUGAAUGGCCGUGAAUUUUACGCCAAGGGCUCGAACCUGAUCCCACCAGACGCAUUCUGGCCGCGAGUCACUGAAGCCAAGAUGCAGCGACUUUUCGAUGCCGUCGUUGCCGGAAACCAGAAUAUGCUCCGGGUCUGGGCUUCGGGCUCUUACCUUCCGGACUUUAUGUACGAUCUCGCCGACGAACGUGGAAUACUGCUAUGGAGCGAAUUUCAAUUCAGCGAUGCUCUGUAUCCAACAGAUCAGCCGUUCCUUGAUAAUGUGGCUGCCGAAGUCGUCUACAAUGUGAGACGGGUCAAUCACCAUCCUUCAUUGGCAUUGUGGGCUGGCGGAAACGAACUCGAGAGCCUGAUGCUACCAAUGGCGAAAGACGCUGACCCCGAGUCAUACCCCGCCUUGGUUGGAGAUUACGAACAUUUGUUCAUCAGCUUGAUCCUCCCACUGGUUUACGAGAACUCGAGGUCGAUCUCAUAUAUGCCCAGCAGCACCAACAAUGGCUUCCUGGAAGUUGACCUCUCUGCGCCAGUUCCCAUGACAGAACGUUAUGAUAACGGCACAGACGCAAAAGGACACUACUACGGCGAUGCUGACUUCUACAACUAUGAUAGCAGUACGGCAUUCGACUUCUCCGGCUACCCAGUCAACCGCUUUACCAAUGAAUUUGGAUACCACAGCAUGCCAAGUCUACAAACAUGGCGACAAGCCGUGGACGACGAAGACCUGGAUUUCAAUAGUAGCACGAUAUUGCUUCGAAACCACCACUAUCCAGCGGGAGGUCCAGACACCCACAACUUCAAAAAUACCACGAAAGGCAUGGACGAGAUGACGACGGCAGUAAAGAGAUACUACCCUGCCCCGAGCAAGGCAGACCCGAUCGGCAAUUUCAGCGCCUGGUGUCACGCAACACAACUCUUCCAGGCCGACAUGUACAAAUCUGAAAUCCAAUUCUAUCGCCGUGGCAGCGGAAUGCCGGAGCGCCAGCUCGGAGCCCUAUACUGGCAAUUAGAGGAUAUCUGGCAAGCGCCGACGUGGGCAGGCAUUGAGUACGACGGCCGCUGGAAGGUCCUCCAUUACACUGCGCGUGAUAUCUUCAAACCCAUCAUCGUAUCGCCGUUCAUGGAUACAAAGACUGGUGUUUUGUCUGUAUACGUCACGUCGGAUCUGUGGGAAGUAGCUCAUGGAACAGUGAACCUCACCUGGACUGAUCUCUCUGGUACCCCAAUCACGGAUAACGCAGGUACACCCAUGACCAGUCAAUUUUCCGUCGGAGCGCUCAAUACUACCCGCAUCUACGAGACCAACGUGACAAACCUCCCGUUGGAUAACCCGCAGGAUGCGAUCCUGGUCAUGGAUAUCACUGCGCAAGGUCACCUCCCGAAUGCUGAAAGCAAGACCCCGACGACUUUCACCCACCGAAACCAGUUUACGCCUGCUUUUGCCAAGGAUUUGGAACUGAGAGAUCCGCAGUUGAAGCUGUCGCAUGAUUCUCAGGCUGGUACUUUCACUGUUGAAGCGAGUGCCGUAUCGCUGUAUACGUGGCUUGACUAUCCUGCUGGUGUGGUUGGGUAUUUUGAGGAUAAUGCGUUUACUUUGCUUCCGGGUGAGAAGCGGACGCUGCGCUUUGUUGUGCAGAAGGAUGAGACUGGUGGGAAGUGGGUGGAUGGUGUUAGUGUGCGGAGUCUGUGGGAUCAGACUACUGGGGUUUGA